AUGUCGGCGGAGAGCCAGCGAUGUCUGUGCGUUGUGGUGCUUCUCAUACAUACAGUCACAGGCGCUGGUGAAGGCUCAUCAUCACCACCUACUUCAUCAUCAUCUCCCACGCUGAAGCCUGAACACAACGAGCUGACUGUCACCUUUCCACCUCUGGAAGAUCUGUAUAACAACACUCCUGAGAAACACUUCGGCACUGAAAAUAAUACGGUUGUAACCUCGCAGACUGGAUCCACUGCUUUGCUUCCGUGUGUCAUCAGAAAUAUUGGAGAUGGAAUUGUAUCUUGGAUUAGAAGAAAAGAUUAUCAUCUCUUGACUGUUGGGUUGACUACGUACAGCUCGGAUCAGAGAUUUCAAGCCAUACAUCUCCAGCAUUCAGAGGAUUGGACGCUAAAGGUCCGUUUCGUCCAAAAACGUGAUGCAGGAAUCUACGAGUGCCAAGUAUCGUCUCAUCCGCCCACUAGCAUAUUCUUACGCCUCGAUGUAGUUGAGGCGCGAGCACAAAUCUCUGGGCCUACAGACAAAUACCUGAAGCCCGGGUCUACUCUUAGACUACAAUGUUCUGUUGUGCAGACAACCGAAGCCCCAGCAUUUGUUUUCUGGUACCACAACAGUAGAAUGAUAAAUUACGACAUCGAGAGAGGUAUCAAUGUGACCACAGACCCUGCACAGAGACUGUCCGAUCUUCUCAUACCAGCUGCCAGUGUAUCGCACGCUGGGAAUUACACUUGCGUUCCCAAUAACGCAGUACCAGCCAGUAUAUGUGUCCAUAUAUUUAAUGAUGAGAACCCGGCGGCAAUGCAGUCCUCAUCGCCAAGUUUCAUCUCGCACCUCAAUUCCUACAGCAUCUUAUUACCCACACUUACUACACUCCAUCUUAUACGGUGACAAU